CCCGAACGUUGUUUGCAGAUAGCACCAUCAUUUCCCCGAACUGUUCAAGGUUGCUUUGUCAUUCACGGAGCAACUUGCGUGAAUCCGUUGUUGUUUUUCAUUGCAAAAACCUUGUUACUUAAACAGACGCAGAGUAAACCAAGGUGACGAGGUGGAUGACCUGAGAGCUAGAAGAGAACACAACAGAUGGAGCAAAAGACCUGGAAAUUCUUCACCAAAGAAUUUAUUAAUGGAUUAAUGCAUCAGAGUGUAGGAAUAGUAGUAUGUCCACAGAAGUGAACUUUAGUGAUAAUUUUAGCCUCUGGUAUCUUAAGAGUGCAUGGCUUAUAGGAAGGAUACUGCAAGAUUUGAUGAUAUAGCAUUAACACUAGGGAAGUGUACAAGUUCAUCUUUCCUGAUCAUGCAUGGUUUAGAAAUGGCAACAACUGCACCCAAACUGCAGGUUCUAAGAUCUUUGAUUAAAGAGCUUCGCAACUCUCUUCAAGGGCAUGAAAGAGUCCGUCAUUCACCAGCUUUUACAUACAUAAUGGAUAACUAUCGCCGCAAUGCCGUCACUGACCAACAGUAUUGCCGCGAGCAGGAGGAAAUGGCUCACCUUGCCCAUACCUGUGCUACUUACCUGAAAUCAAACAGAAAGUACCAAGAACUUCAUGCUGAAUACCAUGGUCGUGGCGAGAGGACUGUGAAGGAAACAGCCGACUUAGUGGGAUUUAAACUUCCCCAUGAUCCACGUUGAUAAAAUAUAGUGCAAAUAUUUGUAUAUAGAUCUUGAUUUAAUCUCUUAAUAUAAGGAUAUGUAUUUUAUGUAUAAUAAAGAAAACAAUAUCAA